CGCUCAUGUCAACAUUGACACCGUGAUCUCAUUGUCAAAUUUCGAGUCGAUUGCAAUGACGAGAUUAAUCAGUCUUCUACUGAACCUCGCGUUCGUCUUCAAAUCCUCCCAUGCCGCCUGUGCAGACGACUGGCCUACUUGCCGCAAUGGUUUUGCAAACAUAGCCUGCGAAGUGGGAGGUACCUGCGAAGGCAAAGGCGAUUGUGAAAUAAUGGAGCACGACGUGGAAUUCAGACGAUUCGCGCUGGAAGAGCACAACAAAUGGAGAAACUACCUGGCGUUGGGAAAAGAAACCAGAGGAGGCAACGGCGAGGCAGCAGACAUGAGGGCGCUCUCCUACGACGUGAAGCUCGAGUUCACAGCGCGCUGCAACCUGGUCUUCUGCAAAAUGGAGCACGAUAAGUGCCAUGCCACCUCUAAGUUCAAGUCCGCCGGACAGAACCUCUACUCGCAGACGGGAGGCAGCGCAGCAGGAACGCACAAGAGCGUAUCCCUUUGGUACGAGGAAUGCAACGACACCACUGCCGAGCAGAUAGAUCAUUUCAAAAGGAGUACUCAUGUCCAUAUUGGGCACUUCACGCAGCUCGUUUGGUCCAAGGUGACUCACGUGGGCUGUUCUAGAUCAACCACUGGCAAGUCGUGGUAUGUGGCCUGUAAUUAUGGCCCUUCUGGGAAUUGGAAGGACGACCCUGUUUAUAAACGAGGUCCGGCAUGUAGUGCGUGUCCCCAUGGGACGAAGUGUAAUGCGAAGUAUCCAGGUUUGUGUGGGGAAAUUGAUGAGUCAGAUCUUAAGGCAAUCCCACUACACGGGCACAGGUUGGGUACUUCUUUUCUUGCGAGUCUUUUUCUACCUGCGCUGCUAGCUUUCUUGCUAAUGUGAGUAGACUCAGCAAUAUACAUGUGUAUGUAACAAAUUGAAAUUGUUGAUUAAAUGGUACACAGAA